GAGUUCUAAACAGGUUAGCAAGAAAGAAGCGUCAACUCGGAUCGUACUCACAAAGUGUAGAUAUAGGCUCAGUUAUCAAUUUUGUUUCAGUCAUGACUAUUCAUUUUGAAUUUCGAUUAAAUUCAAAUUAGAUGAAACAGUUCGUUCAAAUACAGUUUAUGUUCUUGAGUAGUGCUUGAUGCGUUGUGGUAUGAAGUGAUAGUGAAUGUAGGUUAUUAAUUUCGAUCAGUUAUUUUGAAAACGGUCGAUGUAACCGUAAAUGGGUGCAUAAGAAAAGGAUACAAACAUUUCAAGACCAAUCAAAAAUUUUACGAGAUGUACAAGCAGGAAACCAUGGAAAUUUACAAGAGUUUUUUUCCCGAAAUAUCCAAAACUUGCUCCAGAAAACCCAUCAAAGGUUUGCCUCAAAUAGGAUCUAGUUUGGGAAUAAAAUAUCCUUCAAGCAGAGACCUACCUCUUCACAGUGGCGACAUCUGGCUGCAAGGGAAAAGAGCAGAUGAAGGAGCCGAAGGAUUAUGGAGGAUACACGAUGAGCUUUACGACCUCACUGACUUUAUCUCUUCACAUCCUGGUGGUAGUGAAUGGAUAAGAAUGACAAAGGGCACCGACAUCACAGAAGCCUUUGAAACGCACCACAUACAAGAAACAGCUCAGAAACUCCUUCCAAAAUACUUUGAAAAGAAAGCAAGCAAGCCCAGAAACUAUCCUUUUACAUUUCACGAAAACGGAUUCUACAGAACAAUGAAGAGAAGAAUACGAGAGGAAGUUGUUAAGAUACCUCAAAAAUUCGUCAGGCAAUCUGAAAUGAUUGUAGAUUCCCUCUUCAUAUCUUAUGUUUUAACGGCUUGGUUAGCUGCUUACAGUUAUAAUUUCUGGAUAGGGGCUUUAGCAGGUGUUUUUCUGAGUUAUACUGCUAUAGCUGCACACAACUUUUUCCACAGUAGGGACAACUUCAGGAUGCAUUAUUUCGAUUUCUCUAUGUUAUCCUCAAGGGAAUGGAGAAUAAGUCAUGCUCUGAGCCAUCAUCUCUAUCCAAACACCAUUUCCGACAUGGAAAUUUCUUCACUGGAACCGUUUUUCGGGUGGUUACCAUAUAAGAAACAUUUCUUAUUCAAAUAUAUGUCAAUGAUUUUAGGACCAAUAAUCUACAGUCUUCUGUUCGUUGCAUCAUGGAUCAAAACCACGAUAUCGAAUGUUUUAGUGAAUGGACAUAUACAAUGGGAAACAUUGCUACCAUUUACAAUUUUAUUCGUUCAGUACUUUGGUACUGAACAAAGUUUCUUAAGCUGUGUUAUAAUAUUUUCCUUCAUAAUCGGCUGUGCUAGUGUCCAUUUUUCAAUAGUUGGUGUCAAUGCUGCUCAUCAUCAUCCAAUGCUCUUCCACGAUGGGGAUGCUCCCAGACCCGAAGAAGAGAUGGAUUUUGGAGUUUUCCAAUUGGAUGCAGUGGCGGACAGGAAAGAAAUAAACAGUUCUCACCUCCUGACAAUCACCCACUUUGGAGAUCAUGCACUUCACCAUUUGUUCCCAACGAUCGAUCACGGCAAACUGAGGUUUCUCUAUCCCAUUUUCAUCAAGACAUGUGAAGAAUUUGGUGUUGAAUGGAAAUGCACAACUCAAUUAGACUUGGUUAAGGGGCAAUAUCAGCAAUUGGGACGGGAUGUCAAUGAGCUGCAACCGAAGAAAAUGAAGAAAAUCGUAGAAUAAAACUAUAGAAUAAUUUAGCGAAUUUUACAUUUAUGACUGAUUAAACUUUAUGAAUUGUUGGAAUAAAGGUAUUUUGAAUUGUU